AUGCAGUACACGGCCGUGCCCGCUGCUCCUCCCAUAACAUGGAUGGAUGUGGGGGGUUUGGUCCUGGGAUGUACGGAAUUCCUGUCCAUCCCCAUGUGGGGAUGGUGGAUUCUUCCUGAUGAUUUGUCUUUUCUCUUCCAGGUCCUGGGAAACGCUCGGCUCUUCCUGGAGAACAUCAUAAAGUACGGCAUACUGGUGGAUCCCAUCCAGGUGGUCUCCCUCUUUGUGAAGGACCCUUAUAGCUGGCCCGCGCUGUGCCUGGUGCUGGCUUCCAAUGUCUUUAUUUUGGGGUCUCUACACCUGGAGAGGAGACUGGCAUCUGGUCGAUUGUCGGAGGGAUUGGGUCUCUUGCUCUACACCAUCAUCCUCACCAGUAUUCUCUGUGUCCCGGUACUGGUUGUGUUCACCGUUCCCUCCAUAACUCCAGUGGGGUCUAUCUUAGCGUUGUCCAUCUACACUAUUCUCCUUCUCAAGAUAUAUUCCUACAGAGAUGUCAACCUCUGGUGCCGGGAGAGAAGGCUGGCACAGACUCGGGCAUUGGGGCGCUCUCAGUCCGCUCCACUAAUGAAAAAGGGCAGUGGUGAUGCGGGGCAGAAGGAGGUGUCGUACCCAGGCAAUCUGACACACAGAGAUAUCUAUUACUUUAUCUUGGCUCCGACUCUCUGCUACGAACUCAACUUCCCCCGAUCUCCGAGGAUUCGUAAGAGGUUCCUUCUCCGGAGACUUAUGGAGAUGUUGUUCUUCAUGCAACUUCUGGUUGGCCUAAUCCAGCAGUGGAUGGUCCCAACAAUCCAGAACUCCAUGAAGCCGUUCCGGGAUAUGGAUUACUCGCGGAUGGUUGAGCGUCUCCUGAAGUUGGCGGUCCCCAAUCACCUGAUCUGGCUCAUCUUCUUCUACUGGUUCUUCCACUCUUCCAUGAACUUUGUGGCAGAGUUGAUGCGUUUUGGAGAUCGGGAAUUCUACAGGGAUUGGUGGAACUCGGAGACGGUGACCUACUUCUGGCAAAACUGGAACAUCCCAGUACACAAAUGGUGCAUCAGGCACUUCUACAAGCCAAUGAUGAGGCGCGGGAUCUCCAAGUGGGUCGCUCAGACUGCUGUCUUUUUCGGUUCGGCUUUCUUCCAUGAGUAUCUGGUCAGCAUUCCUCUGAAGAUGUUUCGGCUCUGGGCCUUCAUGGGGAUGAUGUCACAGAUUCCAUUGGCCUGGUUUGUGGGACGAUUUCUCAGAGGGAACUAUGGGAAUGCGGCCGUAUGGAUCUCCCUGAUUAUUGGGCAGCCGAUCGCAAUUCUCAUGUAUGUACAUGAUUACUACGUCCUGAACCACGAGAAGGGUCUGUGA